AUGAAUCUACAGUUCAAGGAGAGUGUCAAGCCCAAGAUGGUACACAUGGUGCCACCAAACUUCAUCAAUGGGCUUGAGGCAGCCUUUGAGGCGGUUGCCAACCCAAACCCCCGGAAGAGGAAGAACAGCUGGGAUAGCCAAGAAGGAGAUGGGGACGACGGUGAACGUGAUGGCACCAAGGCUGCAUCAGGAAGUGGGACUUCACAGGGUGUGCAGCGUGCCAAGAGGUACAUCCUGGAGAAGUUGUACAAGUUGUUGGAAAUGACCGACACUCAUAUACCAGUGAAUGGUAGCCACAGUAAUAGGACCCAACGGGGGUCCGGCGCUUUGCUGGUCUUAACAGGUUAUGAGCCCCGAAUGGCGCAUUGCGCUGCCGAGAGGUCGCCGGAUCGAUACCCACUGGCUGUUGCCCAGAGAAUGGGAGACCGGGAUGAGGCACGGGAAGUCCCGGAGCGAGAGAGUGUCGCUCACGGGGGGGUGUUGGAAAUGACCGACACUCAUAUACCAGUGAAUGGUAGCCACAGUAAUAGGACCCAACGGGGGUCCGGCGCUUUGCUGGUCUUAACACAAGUUCUUCGAUCCAGUCCUGAAGGACUUCAAUUCAGCAUCCAAGAUCUACUUGGAAGUGAUGCUUUGAGAUUCAACUCCUUUGGAGCUGACGAAGAGGAGUUUGAGAAGUACCAGUCUUCACAGUCGCACCUGGAAUACUUGCAGAAGAGCUUAGGGCCUCUAAACAAUGAAGAUGACAAGUUCGUCUUCAUUGUCGAGGGCAAGGACAGUCCUGUGCUCUUAGCUGGCGGUGUGGUCUUUGGCAGUCUUUACAAGCUUCUAUCCCCAAUGAUGGCAAAUAGAUGCUGA